CCUGAGAUCGGCAACAAGGGGGGGUGGGCGAACACCAUGGCCAUGGCGGGGUGUUCAGAGCGCCACAUCGAUUUCUGCCAUGACAUCCCUGACGGCGCAGGGUGUGUGUGGCCCGCCGAUCAGUCAAAAUUGUGACCUGAUUCGGCAUCCCUACUCCCAAUCCCAAUCUCAAUUGAAAGGGCUCCCGACUCCCAAGCCAGUCCGCCUCCAGCCGUGCACAUACACAUACACAUACGCAUACCCAUACGCAUACGUAUACAUACCAACUCGAAGCAGAGCAGAUACAGUCCGAUUGCUGCAGAUGGAUCGCGCAUAGGAGCAAUAGCCUCUACAGGCCAAUUGCAAUGUCGCAACAGCCACAAUCGGCCAAGCGCAUGCGCAGCAACACAUCCAACGAGUUCACCCCGCAGACUGCUCCGGCACUCAGAGGACGACCAUCGCAGCUCGACGUCGCCGGCGCCGCAGACGUCAACGUCGCCCUGUACUCCCACUCCCACUCCCACUCCCACUCCGCAAACGUGAACGUGAACGUAUACGAUAGCACCUUUGCUACGAUACCUUCCACCCGCCAGGACGUCGGCUACAGCUCGUACGUCUCGGCCGCCCAGCACAAUGACUACCCCGCCGCAGCAUAUGGUGAACCGUAUGACCCGCAUCCGCACGCCAAUAGUUACACCAUAGCCCACGGUCUGCCGCCCCCGAGCGACUACAGUGCAGCCUUUGCCGGCUAUUAUAGUCCUGACAUUGUCUCGAGCAUCCAGAACCCGCCCUUUUCUCCCGUGACCGCACGCAACUCGACCUCCACAGGUGCAGAGACAUACUCCCCUUCACCCAUCCCCGGAAGCAGUGCUGCCACGUCGCUCUCGGAUCUUCAGGGGCACUCCGCAGGUUCCGUGCCACCACACGGCCUGUCACAGCAGUUUGAUGAUGUAUAUGGGUCCCAGUCCGUCCCGCAUCCCACCACCCACCAUGCCCAGACUUUGUCGUAUCCCGACGCUGUAGUCAACUCCCAGUAUACCCCGCCAUCCGAGGCGGUGAUCAACUCCCAGUACAGCAUUCCGCCGCCUAACCGAACAGGCGCCAAUGGACAUCACCAGAGUCCAGCACUGCCGGAACCGGAUGAGGGGGACAGCGACGAAGACGCUCAAGGGGAGACGGCCGACGAGGCUGAUUCCAUUGGGGUACGUAAUCAUCUUCCAGCGCCGAAUAUUUCCCGCACAUUCUGACUCUUCAUCUCCAGAUAACUCCCAGUCCAGUUCCGAAUGCCCGGCCUGGCCCAAGUCUCAAUCGAAACACCAGCGACGAGCCCACGAAAUCUUCGGAACCCAGAUGCGCCUGUAAAAAGGGCAGAGGAAAAAAGAAGGCCUGCACAUCGUGUGCUUGUAGCAGAUAUGGACGGAAAUGCGGCAAAUUGUGCUCCUGCGGCCC